AUGAACACAAUACAAUUAUUCUUCCUCCUUUCCGUCCUGGCAAAUCAGUCCGUGACUGCAUCCCCCCUCGCUAACACAACCAUCCUAAACACUCACACUCGCCCCAUCGGCUCAACCCUCGUCAGCUGGUGGGGUCAAUCCACCCACCCCCUCUCUGAGAUCUACUCAGACAACACCUUCGACAUCAUCCUCCUCUCCUUCCUAAGCCGCUUCAACCCCCCAACCCUCAAUCUGGGCCUCUCCACCGGCGUCGCCGGCCCAGCGCAAAGAGCGAAAGGUUGGCACUCCCUCUUCGAUGGUAGUACUUCGCCCGGAGAAAGCGGACCGUGUCUCGCCAGCCAAAUCGCAGCAUGUCAGCAACAGGGGGUCAAGAUCAUGCUUUCCGUCGGCGGGGAUAGUGAAUACUCAGACAUGACGUUCUCUUCGUCCAAUGAAGCGCUUGAUGCGGCGGAGAUGGUGUGGGAUCUUUUUCUCGGUGGAGACUCUGAUGCCCGCCCGUUUGGAGACGUUGUGCUUGAUGGCGUGGAUUUGAAUAACGAGAGCGGUUCGGGGGGGUUCUACCAUGAGUUCGUCACCGUGCUACGCGGGUUGAUGGAUAGCAGCGAGAAAAAGUACUUGCUCAGUGCAUCGCCAAUGGUGUGGGAGUUACUCUACCAGGUCACGUACGGGCCUGGCACAGAUGUCUCGAUCCCUUAUGAGAUUUUGGCUCAGUUAGACUUUGUGAAUGUGCAGUUCUACAACGAUGGGGAGCGAGGGGUCGGGGGCGGCGAGUUUGAGGAGUCAUUGUAUGCGGCUGUGGAAUUUGUUCAGGGGGCGAAUCCGAAUCUAGGCUUCUAUUUGGGGGUCCCGGGUAGUCAAGCGGCGGCUCCGAAUGAUGGAGUGAACAUUUUGACGACUGAAGGAGUUAGGGAGAUGUUUGCCAAUAUCUGCAGCCUUGAUUUACCUGGGAAGGGGGUGUCGGGGGUGACUAUUUGGGAUGCGGGCUAUGCCUUGGAUAAUGGGAAUUUUCAAAGGGCUGUUAAGGAUGCGUUGCUUUAUAACCCCCAUAGCGCUUACUGGACGAACGGGACGUAUUCUAAGAGAUAG